CUUUGGUUGAGAGCCGGAAGGACCGAGGAAGAGAGAUGGACAAGCUGGCCGUUCUCGCGCUGAUCGUUUUUGCAGCUGUUACGGCACUGCCGUUCGUUCGGUGCACAGCUGAUGAUCCUGAGAAAGUUGUCGAGUGGUUCCGUGCGCUCCCCUCGGCGAAGGAGAAGACCACUCAGCUCCACUUCUACUUUCAUGAUACUGUCUCCGGCAAGAACCCCACCGUUGUCACGAUAGCCCGGGCGCCCUCCACGGACAAAUCCCCAACCAUGUUUGGUCUCCUCAACAUGAUGGACGACCCGCUCACCGUAGGGCCGGACCCAAAUUCCGAGCCCAUAGGACGGGCCCAGGGCAUCUAUGGGUCUGCCGGGCAGGACUCAGCGGGCCUCCUCAUGACCCUGAACUUUGUGUUCACAGGUAAGGAGUAUAAUGGCAGCACCCUGAGCGUCUUAGGCCGGAACCCAGUUUUUGAGACCUAUCGUGAGAUGCCAAUCACCGGAGGGACAGGGGUUUUCCGACUGGCCCGUGGUAUUGCAACGGCAAAGACCUAUGUAUUCAACACCACCAGUGGCGAUGCGAUUGUUGAGUAUAACGUUAUAGUCUUGCAUUACUAAAUGUAAACAAUUUAUCAUGUGGUCUUCACUCUUCGCUUCAUCAUGACUAAUUAAUAUCAUCAUAUUUUUAUAUUUAGUAAGUUCA